UUCUCUAUACGUGUUAUUUUCACUGUAUCAUGUGUACAUAUCCUGUUGUAAUCACUAAUUAAUGUACUUUCAUGUUUAAAAAAAAAACACGUGUUUUUGAACCGUUACUUCGUCGUGUGACCAAUAACCUCUAACAUAUGGUCAUCGUGUACAGGAUAAAUCAAUUUCUUGAUCUAUACGUGUGUGAUUUGAUGCUACAUGCAUCGGUAAACACUAUUUUUAUAACAGUCAGCGAUGCGUCAAAUAAGAUUAAAUAACAUAAGAUGAUAAAGAGAAAAUAAAUACUAGUAUAGAACGGAAGAUAGAUGAUAAGAUAAGUGUAAAUCAGGGAAUUAAUUAUGAAGAACGAGGACAAAUGGAGAUUUGUAUUAGCAGGUGUUUCCAAUAUGUGUGGCGCUACAGCUACAAACCCAUUAGAUGUAGUUAAAAUUCGAAUGCAAUUAGAAAAUGAACUUACUCGACAAAAAGGACUUGACGUUUAUAGGAAUAGGUAUUAUGAGGGUGUCAUCAAAGGUGGAAUUCAAAUUUUCAAAGAUGAAGGAUUCCGAGGUUUAUAUAAAGGUUUGUUGCCGUCUGUGAUGAGAGAAGCUCUGUAUAGUGGAAUUCGUUUAGGUGCAUAUGAGCCAAUCAAAGUUCUCCUUGGAGCAAAAGAUAAAGCACACACGCCUUUGUGGAAGAAGAUUUGCGCGGGUGCAGUUUCAGGUGUGAUAGGCAGUUCGAUAGCAACCCCUACUGAUCUAGUGAAAGUUAGGAUGCAGGCAUGCACGCAUGGACAUUUGACGGGAGACAAAACACCCCGUUAUAAAAACACAUAUUCAGCUUUUGCAGAAAUAAUUAGAAAGGAAGGAGUAAAAGGAUUAUAUGUAGGUGUUGGACCAACUGUAAAAAGGGCAGCAAUUCUUACGGCUACGCAGAUCCCAAGCUAUGACCAUACUAAACACACGAUACUAAACUUGAAAUGGAUGGACGAAGGGCCACUAUUACAUAUUAUAUCAUCUAUGGUAGCUGGUUUCAUGGCUGCGCUUACAACCUCGCCAGUAGAUGUCGUCAAAACAAGAAUCAUGAACCAGAAAUAUGAACAUCACCACGAGAAGGUUUAUACGGGGACGUUCGAUUGUUUGAUGAAGAUUGUCAAAACAGAAGGAUUUUUAGGACUUUAUAAAGGGUUUAUACCGAACUGGAUGAGAAUUGGUCCUCAUACUGUUAUAUCAUUCUUUAUAUUUGAACAGUUAAGACGAUCUGUUGGGAUGGAUCCUGUUUGAUGUGAAAAAGGAAUAGGACUGUUUUGUAAUUUAGUGUUUUUAAAACGCUUCUCAGGGAACACAUACACGGAUUAGAAGACGGAUUAAUAUAAGCACUUGUUGCUUGACGGAUUAGUGUAAUCAUGUGUUGCUUGUGUCAAUGUGUUUAUAAUUUUACUUGUAUAUGAUUAUUCAUAAUGAAAUAUUGUUUACACCAACACAUACACGUGUAAUCCAGACAUUUUUAUUCAUAUACAGAUAAAUGGUGUUUUUUAUACAGUUAUAUUUCCAGAAAUUUAUUUAUGUACGGAAUGUGUAUAACAGAGAGAGCGGAUGCAAGCUGAUAUUUAAGUUUUGUAUGUGCAAUAAAAAUUAAUUAUA